AUGGCGGGGCGGCGGGAUGGGCUUGGGCUGGGCGCAGCUGAGGCGCGGGACAGGAUGGAUCUGGGUGGCGGGCAGGGACGGGGCUGUGCUGUGCGCUGCCAGGGCACAGGGACAGGACGGCGGGAUGGCAAGCUGGGCUGGGCUGGGAUCCACGGGGGCGCAGGGUGGGAUGGCUGGCUGGGGGCUGGGCUGGGCAGGGUGCCGCCUGGGCGAGAGGACAGGACAGCGGGGUGGCGGUAUGGCUGGGCUGGGCUGCGCGCCGCCAGGCCGCUGGGAUGGGAUGGUGGGGUACCAGGCUGGGCUGGGCUGGUAGCCGCUGGGGCAUGGGGAUGGUACGGUGUGGUGGCAAGCUGGGCUGGGCUGGGCACCAUGGGGGCAUGGGGUGGGGAUGGGAUGGCGGGUAGUGGCGGGCUGGGCUGGGCAGGGCGCCUCCAUGGUGCGGGAAUGGGGUAUGGUGGGGUGGCGGGCUGGCUGCUGCAGGGUGCGGGGAUGGAAAGACUGGGUGGCGAGCUAGGCUGGGCUGGGCAUGGGCACUGCCAUGGUGCGGGGACGGUGGUGGCUGGGUGGCAGGCAGGGCUGGGCUGGGCACCACCGGGAGUGGGGACGGGACGGCGGGGUUGCGGCCAGGGCUGGGCUGGGCACCGUCCAGGGCGUGGGAACUGGAUGGCGGGGUGA